AUGGGGACUGAGUUCUCAAUCCUAUCCCACACUCGAUCGCAGUCAUCAGAUCCUCCUAUUCCACUGGAUUCGAGCUUGCUGGUCUCUCCUCCUGACCCUCCUGGCCCUCCUGACCCACCGGAUUCAUCCCCCUCUCUCUGCGUUUUCAUCAGCCAUGAAGCUGCAACCUCUUCACUUUUCCCUGGAUCCGCCCUAGUCUGCUUGGAUCCUUGCCUCUCCAAACAACAACCCGCUCUGCUCCAGGACUGUCUUUCCAAAGAAGUAGCGAUAUGUAAGAGUUUUGGUCAUGUUGAGGAUAAAAUCUAUGUCCUUCUCCAAUGUCCUUUUGUUGGAUGUUGUUGGGACCUCAUCUUUCGGUCCAAGCUCAGUGAAAACUCACAAGCUUCUCUGCAGUUGCUGCCUCAAGAAGCUAUUGUUCUCCCUUUGGCGCUCAAGGAUGCUCUCUCCGCAAGUUUUACUUUGCCCCAAGUGGUUUUGGACUCGGAUGUCCUAGUUAUUGCUCCUGUGUUGAGCACGGAUCUGUUCGAGAUAGCAGGCUCUCUACAUGAUGUACAAAGCCUUAUUGGAGAAAUUAGGAUCAGUUGCCACACAUAUCGAGACGAUUCACAAGCUUUGAUUUGGGAUAUUUCCUCCAUGGGGCAGCACGUUGAAGGUGGUCUUAACCCUAUUCUUGCUUACACUGCUUGUGCUGAGAUUGAUCAGCUUUCCUUUUACCCUGUUUCUCUUCUUCUAUGCGACAACACCAACUGCAUGUUGCAGCUUCUCCUCUAUCAUGCAAAGGCUAUUGACAAACCUCACAAUUCACGAAGGCUGUUGCGAAAACUGUCAGCAACUCAGUUGUUCUCUCCGCAGCGUAUGGAAGCCACUAAAGCUCUGCGAAUGAAGAAGAUGCAAGAGCUUGUGAGCUUCAUGGAUUAA